UUGGGUUUUUUAAAUUCACUGUUCAGUGCUGUGGAUUGCAUAUGCAAAGCCCUUUUAUGAGAGCUUCGAAUUUUCUUGUAGGUAUCAUUUCUGACAACUUGGAUGUGUAUCUGGAUUGCCGUAAGGGGAUAGGUUGUUCACUGAAAGAAAGAAAAAAGGGUUCCUCAGAAUGCUGAACCUUUGGAUACUUUUAAAUGCUUCCCCUAUUGACAGGGACACAAACAUUUGCACAUGGAAAUGAAGAGACAUCAGCUCUUGUUUUGAGUAAUGCAGAUGUUACAGAUUUAUUUUUGUGGAAACUCUAUACUGAUAUUCAGGAUUUUUCUUAAAUGUUGUUUUAACGGUGGUGGCAUUCUGCUUGGUGUGUGCUUUUUGUCUUUAUUUUUUGGACAAUAAAAAUCUGUCAUUGAUUCAUAACUAACUUUUAUGAGUAAGCAUUAUUUUAACAGCUGUUUAAAAGACUGCUUUGCUGAGUUUUGCAGGUUUCUUUGCUCAGAUAGCUGAAUAAAUCUAUCUAAUUUUUGCUGUACUAUGUUGCAAUACAUAGCAGUUACAGAUAUAGCAAUAGCUAUGAUUAAUUGCAGAAGAAAGCUAACUGUAACUGAAUGCCUGGUGAUAAUGAAACCAGUUUUAUGUGAAGUACAAAACUACACGUACAAUAAGGACUCUGCAUCAGUUGGGGGGGUUUUCAGAUACAGGACCGAGAUAUUUAAUCACUUUGAGGAAGCAUUAUCAGUAGUAAGCGAAGACCAGUCCUUGUUUGAGUGUGCCUACGGAACGCCACACCUUACUAAGACAGAGAUGACUGCCUCCUCUUCCAACGAAUAUGGGCAGACAUCAAAGAUGAGUCCACGUGUCCCCCAGCAAGACUGGUUAUCACAACCACCAGCUAGAGUCACCAUCAAGAUGGAAUGUAACCCAAAUCAGAUUAAUGGGUCAAGGAAUUCCCCUGAUGACUGCAGCGUGGCAAAAGGAGGGAAGAUGGUCAGUGGCUCAGACAAUGUCGGGAUGAACUAUGGAAGCUAUAUGGAAGAGAAACAUGUUCCACCACCAAACAUGACAACUAAUGAACGAAGAGUGAUUGUUCCAGCAGAUCCUACAUUAUGGAGUACCGACCAUGUACGUCAGUGGUUGGAAUGGGCCGUCAAGGAAUAUGGUCUUCCAGACGUUGACAUCUUGUUGUUCCAGAACAUUGAUGGGAAGGAACUGUGUAAAAUGACCAAAGAUGACUUCCAGAGACUCACCCCAAGCUAUAAUGCAGAUAUCCUCCUCUCACACCUACACUACCUCAGAGAGACUCCUCUUCCACAUUUGACUUCAGAUGAUGUUGAUAAGGCCUUACAAAACUCUCCACGGUUAAUGCAUGCUAGAAACACAGGGGGUGCAGCUUUUAUUUUCCCAAAUACUUCAGUUUAUCCAGAAGCAACACAAAGAAUUACAACCAGGCCAGAUUUAUCGUAUGAACAAGCCAGAAGGUCUGCAUGGACAAGUCAUAGUCACCCUGCUCCUCAAUCAAAAGCUACCCAACCAUCAUCAUCAACAGUGCCCAAAACAGAAGACCAGCGACCUCAGUUAGAUCCAUAUCAGAUUCUUGGACCAACCAGCAGCCGUCUUGCAAAUCCAGGGAGUGGACAGAUACAACUGUGGCAGUUUCUGCUGGAACUCCUGUCUGAUAGCUCCAAUUCCAAUUGCAUUACCUGGGAGGGCACCAAUGGAGAGUUCAAGAUGACUGACCCUGAUGAAGUAGCCCGGCGCUGGGGAGAAAGGAAAAGCAAACCCAACAUGAACUAUGACAAACUCAGUCGUGCACUCCGUUACUACUAUGACAAAAAUAUUAUGACUAAAGUCCAUGGUAAGCGUUAUGCCUACAAGUUUGACUUCCAUGGAAUAGCUCAGGCCCUCCAGCCUCAUCCUCCAGAGUCAUCCAUGUAUAAGUAUCCAACAGACCUACCCUACAUGAGCCCCUACCAUGCACACCCUCAGAAGAUGAACUUUGUAGCUCCCCAUCCUCCUGCUUUACCUGUAACUUCCUCCAGCUUUUUUGCUGCCCCUACUACAUACUGGAAUUCACCAACUGGAAGUAUCUACCCUAAUACUAGGCUUCCAGCCACCCAUAUGCCUUCUCACCUUGGCACCUACUACUAAGUAGGAAAAAAAUAAGAGACACUUCUCCAUGGAAUAUAGUACCCAAUUAAUUAUGAUGAACUAUAUUGGAGAACAUGAAUUAAAAAUGCCUAAAGAGACAUGAAAAAGUUUGACUUGUGGGAAAAUGUCAAAAAGACUCUUUGUAGUAGGGAAAGUAUUCAAGAAGUAUAAAGAUGCUAAAAUGUAAUGUAUAUGGGCAUCGAAUCUGUGGACCAAACAACAAAAGACAGUUGUAGGUAAAAGCAUGAAAUGAUAAGGACAACCUACAAAAGAAAGUGGUCUUAAAAAGUUGAUAAGCUUCUGUGUAAAGUUUGAUAUCUUGCUAAUGCAAACUGGGACUAUACUACAGCAAUAUAAGGAUCAUUCUAUAGUGACCUAACAUACAGUAUAUUAAUUCAUUAAAAACAAAAAACAAAAAAACAAAAAACAAAUAAUCCCAAACCAAAAAAACCCACCUGUAUUUAAAAAAAUGAAAACAUAUCAAAAAGACUGGUUGAGUGUGGAAGCUGAUUUCGAAUACAACAGCAUUGUUUUGGGUUAAACUCAAAAGGCAUUCCAUUCAUUGUAAAGGUAUCAGCUAUUUCAAACUGUGAAGACAACCCAAGCUUUAAGAUUCCUUGACAAUACUACAGGAACCCUGAGCCAAACAUUGGAAUUGAGAAUGUGCUGGAAGGCAAGAGUAUGAUUGUACAUCAAGGGCCUACAUCUGAUACAGGAAGUAGAAAGGAGGAAGAGGAGGACGAAGAUGAGAAUGGGAGAAAAGAAACUUCUUUACCAGUAGAUACUGAAGAGACUGAAAACUUGGUAGUGUUGGGACUAUAAAGAAUUACUUGUUUGGAUUUGAGAAAUAUUUUGAUCAGUAUUAUACCAUUCCCAGUAUUAUAGAAGGAAUAGACUUGAUUUUUUUUUUUAAGUGGAGAAAGGGAAAAGCAGUAGAAUUCAGAAAUCAGAAUAUGCAUCUCUUUAAAAAAUGUAAAACUGGAAUUGUCUGAUAUUUAAAAGUAACAUUUAGGACCUCCUCAUUAUUAAGGGAGUUUGUUUUCUACUGGUUUAAGGUAAGAGACAGCCCCCAACUGCCAAAAUCAGAUAUCAUGUAAGUAUUUUUGUGAGGCGGGCGCCAGUUUUUCUUUUUCGAGUCGCGAACGCUGUGCGUUUGUCAGAAUGAAGUAUACAAGUCAAUGUUAUUUUUUUCCUUUUUAUAUAAUAAUUAUAUAACUUAUGCAUUUAUACACUACGAGUUGAUCUCGGCCAACCAAAGACACAAAAAAGGGACAAUCAAAAAUAUUGUGGCCUUGAAUUUUAACUCUGUAUGCUUAAUGUUUACAUUAUGAACUUAUUAGUACUUAGAAUGCAGAAUGUAUGUAAUAAAAUAAGCUUGGCCUAGCAUGGCAAUUCAGAUUUA